CCGUCACCCCGCGGCCAUCGUCUUGUGCCUGCGUAGCGACGUCACAUCAGUGUUGAGUGGAGUAUCCCACAUACACACGUAAAUCUACACGGCUUCAGAAGUUCAGUGGAUCUACCCCUCACUGCCUGCAGGCUCGGUUAUCAUUAUUCUGUGUGGCACAGACGUGAAAGACUCACCGAUAGUAGGAGUGGUGCCUAAUACUAGUUUGGUGUAGAUGGAGAGGCUAGGUCGCUCAGCAGUUAUCAAUACACACUCCCUGUGACCUGGUCUUGAUGACAGCAGCAGUAGAAGUAGUGGUAGUAGCUUGAAGGAAAUACCGACGAGGGGACUGGUCUACUAAAAGUACUAUCCUGCUUGAGAUCGUUCUGUGCCAGUACGGCGGCUUCUGUAUGGCUUUGGAGUAUGCCCGCCACCGUGCACCGUCGGACGCACGGGCACGCACUUCAUCAUCAUUGGCCUCGGCAUCAUCCUCUUCCUUGGCCAACAUCAGUCCUUCACAUGGAAAUGACUGCGGCCGUCUUUCUGCACUGGUAGUCUGUCGAGGUUCUGGCGAGGGGACAUCGCCUCACUCUUCUUCGUCCAUUCGUGCACGAGCUGCAAGCGGCAUGUCGAGUCGUCUUGGAAAGUCCAGCACCAUCACCAGGUCGGAUUCGCCGCACCUGCGCGGCCGCUCGGCCGUUACUACUGGUGGUGGCAAGGCGGGUGCGCUGAGUGGACGAUCUGGAGCGAGCGCGUCCACCUCCACAGCUGCUGGCGGUGCUGACGAAGGAGGUGGUUCGUCCUCAGUGCAGAAGUUUAUAGUGCUUCUGGCCGGGAUCGCAGCUGAAAGGAGGCCUCACGUAAAGUCCUAUGCGCGGAUUUCCGACUUGGAAACAUUGCUGAACGCCCAGGUGAGGGAUCUUCGCAAGGCUCUGUUUGCACUGAAAAGAGUCUUCCAAGAGGACCAUGAGUUCGUCCAGGAGUUUGUCGGCAACGAGGGUCUCAGUGCUCUGGUGGAGGUCGGCCGCCACAGCGAACAGAGCAUUCAGCAAUAUGUACUACGAGCACUCGGUGAACUCAUGCUGUACUUGGAUGGCAUGAACGCCUUGCUCAAUGACCUCGACAUCAUCAGGUGGCUGCACAGCCUCGUCAACAGCGAUUUUCGGCUGGUUGUGAAGGGCUCCGUGGAGCUGCUGCUGAUUUUUGCCAACUUCAAGGAAAAGCAAGAUCCAUCCGGCAAUGGCAACAGUGCGCCAACUGGCGGCGAGGAACGCACUAGCCCCACCAGUGCCACUAGUCGGACAUGUCGCCUGAUCAUAGAGGCCGUAGAGGGAGACGACGCAGCCAGGGGUUUGCGUCCAUGGGAGACUAUUGUGCGCUUGCUAGACGAGCAAUCACGCUGCACGGAUGGUGAAUUGCUUGUCUUGGCUAUGACCUUGAUCAACAAGGUACUGGAUGCUGUUCCAGAUCAGGAUAGCUUCUACAGUGUUGUGGAUCACCUAGAGGACCUGAACAUGGAGACGGUCAUACUGAAACAUCAGGCCAAGCGUAAGAACGCUAAGCUGCUCGACCAGUUCCAAGUGUAUGAAAAAGCUGUACGCGAGGAGUAUGACGUGGAGCGGGUUGAGGAGAAUCCAAACGGGAGAGGAACUUUGAAACGGAAUGGUGAAAAGUCUGAGCGAGGCAGGCGCGGUACAAGCACACCCAAAGAAGAUGAACCGAAGAUAAAUGGUACGAACAAAGCAUCUCCUCAAGCCACCACCAAGCUCAUUAAGGAUACCCAAGCCAAGUUAAUCGAGGAAACGAAAGCCCUCGGCGGGUCGAAGCAAGCUCAGGACAGCCCCAACAAGCAGACUGCGUCCCCUGCUAGUCCGCAGGCAGACAAGACGCGGAGAGCGCAGCCGGACUCGCCAGCACGGCAAUCAGUGACAGACUCGCCAGCACGGCAAUCAGUGACAGACUCGCCAGCACGGCAAUCAGUGAUAGACUCGCCAGCACGGCAAUCAGUGACAAAGGAUUCACCCAGCUCUAGCAACACAUCCAGUCCAGGACACAGCAAACUGGCUCCACAGCGCUCGUCGUCCAAGGAUGAUGUACUCAAGGGUCAGCUCGACGAGAAACGAGCAGCCAUGUCGGUGUCACGUAAGCGAUGGAAGACGGAAGAGAAUAAUAUCGGAGAGGACAAAGAGCGUAACGUGUCCGGCAGCGAUGAAUCCAGUGGUGCGAAUGAUCGCUGGGAGUUGCAGCUUCGUACGUACAAGAUCAACUCCAACUUUGAUCAUGUGCGCCGUGGCAGCUCAACAGAGGCGAUGGAUAACGGUCUCGUCUCCAGCCCGCGCAGGGAGAGCGUGGCCGUUGUCGGGCAGGAGCGCCGUGCAAGCAAGCAGCUGAUUGGCAAUGCUGAGAGCGCUCUUGCGGCGCUGGCCAGUAAAGCUGAUGCCAAGCAAGCAGCAGCAGCGGCGCCGGGAAAGUUACGACCAGAGCUGCUUAGUAUGAACAAAAAGGAAUCGGAGGAUGGUGAGGUAUCUGGCGACAGCGAUGAAGAUGACUCUCCCGACUUUGAGAUUGUCAUCCCCAAGAAUGUCAAAGUGCGGCCACUGCGGGUUCUUCAUCAUGACUUUACUGACCUGAAGCAAGCAGAUGAAGAAGAUUUACUGGCACCUCCACCGGCACCGGCAGUCCCGGCUGGUGGACCACCACCGCCGCCUCCAUCGCUAGGCGGGGGGCCUCCGCCGCCACCGCCACCCCCGCCCGGGGCAGGACCCCCUCCCCCUCCGGGCCCUCCGCCCCCGCCUGGUCCCCCACCUCCUCCGGGCGCACCGCCAGCGCCUUCGUCUGCAUCCGCCUCGCCAAACACACCGCAGAAGGGCGGCAUGAAGAGUCGGCUGAAGGCCAUCUUCUGGAAGCCAGUGAAAGUUGCAACGCCAGUAUCACCAGUUAAACCGACCAGCACCAGCAGCAAGCAGCCGUCGCCAGCUCAUCAAGCCCCUGCCUUGGGGACGCAGGCCAAUGCGGGCGCAGCAGAUCGCCCUACUAUCUGGGCAAACGUCAAGCAAGUCGAACUGGACACGGAAAAGUUUGAAAUCCUCUUCAAGGAGAAGCCUAGGGAUCCCAAGACCAAGGAGAGUAACUCGUCGCCGAAGAAACAGACGAUCAAUGUGCUGGACAAUAAUCGUAGCCGUAACAUCAACAUCUCCAUGACCAAACUGCCGGCCACUCGCUAUCUCAAGCCUGCCAUCAUGCACAUGGACACGGCACACUUGACCAGGGAGGGAAUUGAGUCCAUCCUGAAAAUGAAGCCAACAACCGAAGAAAUCACCAAGAUCAGAGCAGCACGCCAGGAGAACGGACCGGACGUUCCAAUGGCCACGGCUGAGGAGUUCCUCCUGACGCUGUCCACCAUUUCCGAGUUGGAAUCAAGAUUGAAGCUCUGGCACUUCAGAAUCUCAUACGAGAGCAUGGAGAGUGAUGUUGCCAGUGAUUUGGUGUAUGUGAAAGGAGCUCUGCACGCCCUGGAAACAUCGGACACGUUCAAGAAUGUCCUGGGCAUUUUACUCACCAUCGGAAACUUCCUGAGUGGAAAAGAGUACCAGGCCUUCCAUCUUGACUUCCUCACCAAAGUUCCGAACAUCAAGGACAAUUCACCACACAAGCACUCCAUGCUCUUUCACGUCGCCAACAUGAUGUUGGACACGUAUUCGAGCGGGACCAACCUGCACUCAGACUUUGCUGACGUCCACAAGUGUGCCAAGAUGGAUUUCUCCGUAUUUCAGCAAACCCUGAGCAAGAUGGAGCAGAAUCUGGAUGAGUCCUGGGAGCACUUGCGCAAGAUAGCCAAGCAGGAUAGUUCCAAGGAGCUGAAGAUGCAGUUGUCUCAAUUCCUGGGAGACGUCAUGGAGCGUAUCCAGGUGUUGAAAACCGUUCACAGGAGAUUAGAAAACAGGUAUCAUCGCAUGUUGCUCUUCCUGGGCUUCGCUAUGGAGGAUGCAAGGAAAAUGAAGAUGGAAGAGCUGUGUAAGAUGUUGAGUGAGUUUUCACUGGACUAUCGUACGCUGUAUGACAAGGUGGUCAAUAGUCGCAAGAAGAAGGAGAGCAUGAAAAGAAGGCAGAAGACCGUUGGACUCACUAUCACGGGGGGAAAGAGAGCCGGUGGUGUGGAUGCAACAGAUGGUACACCAGUGAAGAAAGCCAUGCCAGUAUCUAAACCAUCAGAGACCACUCCCAACCUGGACAGUAGUUUACUAGCCAAUGAUGGGGACCAAGACAACGACUCUCUCUUCAAGGAGAUUGUUAAGGAGGCAGCCGCACCAAAGAAGCCCAUGGGAAAGUACAAGCGAAAGCGGCCAUCACAGAGACGCAAGACUUUACGCCGGACAAUCAACAGUCAGCAAGAAAAGGACGCAAUCGAACAAGCACUGAGAGACCAGGAACAAAAAAAUGCAUAGGACCGAACCAACGGAAAACGCCCUAAACAACGAUUACAGCUUUCACGGAUGUAGCACCGCAUUGGACCAUUAUUGAAACCAGGACAAUGUACAGUGUAAUAGUGCUAGGCUGGUGCAAAACAUGUAGCAGGCAUCACCGGUCUUGUAGAUAUUGAUGCAUUCUGCAGUGGAGACAUUCAUCAUCAAUGCACAGAUGAUGUGCAGGUGUUAGCGAGGGCAAACAGUGUGCUAGCAUUAGAAGCCUACUUUAGAAAGUGGGAAAGGCCAGCAAACGCUCUAUCAUCUUCUCACAGGAAGCAGAACUUGACUUUUAUGCGGACAGAUCACUUUCUAUCUUUUUUUGGAAAUCACCGAAUGUGCAUUUCAUGGCGCCAUAUCUAAAAGAAAUAUUCGGUAUUUUCAGAUUUUAUCAACAAGUUACCAUUCUGGCUUGACUUUCUUUUUUCCUCAUUUAUCUAAAUCUGCCAAGUGAUACAUGUACAGGACUACCAUCUAUAUGUCCUACAAUAACUGCUCAUGAUUGUGUGCAACGAAUGAAGUAUGCAAAAAGAA